AUGUAAUAUCAAAUGAAAUUUAAUAUAGUAAAUAAAACAACAAAUCAAACUAUUUAAAUUAGGACAAUUUAGCUGGUUAUUUAUUCUUUCUUGCAAAUAAUAUAAUUAUCAUCAGCGGAUGACUUUUCAAUAUAUUCAAACUAUCUGAUUCCUUCAUACUAUGGAAGUCGCAAUCAGGAUUUUGCAACUUGGUGCUUCGUGAGUUAAUCAAAUUAUUCAUCAUUUUAUUGGACACAUGGUAUUGAUGUCGAUGAUUAAACUAAUCCAACUAAGAAAACAUUUUAUGUAAUUGAUGCCAGCGAGUAGACCAUAAAAUCAAUCACAGAUUAAUUUGUUGUUUCGAUAUUGGCAUCAACAUCUGGAGGUUUUAGAGAUGGAGAUAUAAGAAAUUCUUUGUUUAAUAACUCUAAGGCACUGGCUUUUUUUCGCUAAAACAAAUAUAAAGCAGCUAUAGCUCAAUACAAAUAAGUAGCAAUUCUUACAUAAAAUACAGCUGAAUGUAUGGCAGAUCCGACACCUGGUUAAUGCAUAAAUAACUCUUUUUAACUAAAUUCUACUGUUACACCACUUUACUUAGGCUAGACAUAUAAAUUACCUGAUGGCUUCGAUACAACUCAGCUUCCUGACAAGAAUUAAUAUUUAAAUGAAGUGUUAAUCAUUGCUGAUACUCAAAAUCAUUGCAUUAGAAAAAUAGAUCUAGUUACAAAAACAACACAAACAAUAGCUGGAUAGUGCACUGUUGCUGGCUUUUUAGAUGGUCCUCUAGGGACAAACUUAAUGAAUUCUCCUUCAUCUCUUGGUGUCGAUGAUUAAGGAAUAAUUUUCUUCUAUGAUGAGUUCUAUGAUCAGAUUAGAAUGAUUGAUCCAGUAACAACUUUUGUGAGCACUCUUCUUAAAGGAGCAUGUAGAGAAGACAUUACAUAUUAACCGAAAUAAAUAUUUUAAAACUUCUCAAAAAAGAGAGUAGUCUGCUAUAAAAAUUGGGUAAAUGUAAAUGCACCAGAGCCGUCAGGUCAUAAAUAUUCAGAAAAUUUAUCAUCAAUAUGUUAGCUCUAACAAAGUUUAUGUCCAACAAAUAGCUCUACAGAAGGUGGUUGA